GUGGGCGAAUCUUCGGUUUUUUAUUUAUUCGAUAUUUUCGAGGGUUUUCUCUGAAAAGUUAAAACCUUAAUUAUUAAUUUAAUUAAGGUUAAUUAGUUAGUUAAAAUUAAUUUUCUUUUUUUUUUUCAUCGUCUUUUGGUUCUGUUUGGGGCUUUGGGGGUUCUCUCUUUCCAGGAAAACGAGCUUCGCUUUGUUAUGGCCGUCUGAGCGCUCGUUCUCUCUCUAGACUUUUUUUUUUCUUUCUCUAGAGUUUCUCUUUCUAGAGCACAGUCGCUGUGGUUGUUUCUUUUUCUCUCUCUCUCUAUUAUCGGUGGAAGGAGCAGAAUUAUAAAUAAUGGCAAAGAAUGAAGACAAAGGUAGCCCUGGAUGGAGUGCUUCAUUCUUCAUGCAGACAACAGAUGUUGCAAGAGCUGUUGCUGCUGCAGCAGCUGCUGCCACUGCUGCUCCUUCACCACGACCAUCUGUUGUAUUUUCAUCAAAAGAUGACAAUAGUCAACUUCAGAAACUACAGAACCAACUUACAAGACUACUAAAGGGCUUCUCACAUACUCCUGAAGUGAAAGGUGUAAAUUACAAUCCAGAAAUCUUGACCAGUCAAAAACGCCAAUGGGCAAGCUUUCAGUUGCAGUCAUUGGAUCAUAGGUCUUUGAAAGAGCCAUCGAGGCUUUUUGAGAGCAUGGUAGUUGUUGGACUUCAUCCUAACUGUGAUAUCCAUGCACUUCAAAGACAGUUCUUUGCAAGAAAGAAUGAAGGUUCAGGGAAAUUCCGGAAUGCACUGAGUGGUCAGCAUCAAUCUCGUGUGGAACCUAACAUUGAACCUCAGGUCUUAUUUGUUUACCCACCAGAAAAACAGCUACCUCUUAAAUAUAAGGACCUUCUUUCGUUCUGCUUUCCUGGAGGCGUGGAGGUUCAUGCUAUCGAGAGAACUCCUUCCAUGAGUGAGUUGAACGAAAUACUUAUUGGACAGGAACACCUUAAACAAAGUGACCUGUCCUUUGUAUUCCGGUUGCAGGUUGCUGACGAUUCAACUCUGUACGGAUGCUGCGUGUUAGUCGAAGAAUUAGUGCAAAAAUCAUCUGGAUUGAUUUCCAUGAUUUCUGAUAAACAACCUUUUUGCUCAUCUUUGAGCCGUCACACAUUAACCACACGGCGAUGUUAUUGCAUUCUUUCAAGGCUUCCAUUCUUUGAGUUACAUUUUGGUGUUUUGAAUAGCAUCUUGACCGAAGAAAGGUUGGAACGCUUAACAAAAGGAAUUGCUGCUUUAGAUAUGGAAUCACAAGGGCAUUACAGUAAUGAAGAAGAUUUAGAAGAAAAAUCAGAUAAUCUUUUAACUCAGCAUAAAGACGCGGAGGAUAUGCUGAGUGGAAUCACUGAGAUUUGCCCAUUAAGUUCGAGAGAUUCUACCCUUGGAAGAGUCAGUGAUGAUGGUAAUCACUUGCAGCAUCAAAUAAUUGAGGGGAAAUUUUCCUUGGUGAAUAAAGAUUUAAAUGAUAAUGCUGUUGCUCAAGUUGAUCUUGAAUCAGAAAAUCCUACAGCUAAAACAGACCCCAGAGAUGCAAUAAAGGUCCCUGAAGUUUGUGAUACAUGUUCUGAUGAUCUCAUGACAAACAAGCAAACAGUAGAAAGGCGUUUACCUAGUGCUGUUUUGCCACUUCUACGCUAUCAGUAUGAAAGCUCUGAAUCUUCCUCUAGUUUCCAGGGUUCUCCAAGUGAAGACAGGAAUUUUAGGAGUGACAUUGAUGAAACAGAGACAGAAGAGGCAUCUUUCUCUGGGCAGGAUGAUUCCAGUGACCACAGUGACAUUCUUGAAUGGGCUAAGGCAAGCAACAAGGGAUCCUUACAAAUAAUAUGCGAGUAUUACCGGCUACAUUGCCCUGCUAGGGGUUCAACAACUACAUUCCACCCUUUGGAACAUCUUCAUCCCUUGGAAUUUCAUAGACCUGAUGAAACAGUUUUACACAUUGCUGGUUCUACAAUUGAUUUGAGAUCAUGCAGCACAAGUUUGGAACUGGCUGAGGCACACAGUGCACUUUUGGUGGAGGAGGAAGCAACUGCUUUCUCUGUAUGGGCUGUUGCUUGUAUAUGUGGUUCAUUACGACUUGAGAAUGUGUUGACAUUGUUUGCAGGAGCAUUGCUGGAGAAGCAAAUUGUAUUUGUUUGUUCUAAUCUGGGAAUAUUGUCUGCUUCAGUUUUGUCAAUUGUUCCUCUUAUUCGUCCCUAUCAGUGGCAGAGCUGGCUAAUGCCCGUUUUACCAAAUGACAUGCUGGACUUUUUGGAUGCACCUGUCCCUUACAUAGUUGGUGUUAAGAACAAAACCAGUGAAGUACAGUCAAAGUUAACAAAUGUUAUCCUGGUCGAUGUGUACAAGAACCAGGUGAAGUCAUCAACAAUACCACAGCUGCCUAAGCAUAAGGAGUUGUUUUCAUCUUUAAGUCCUUAUCAUGCAAAGCUUGUGGGAGAAAGUUAUUUGGGGAGGAAAAGACCGGUUUAUGAAUGUACAGAUGUGCAGAUUGAGGCUGCCAAGGGUUUCCUAGGAGUAUUAAGAUCUUACCUGGACACUCUUUGCUCCAACCUGCGCUCUCAUACAAUUACAAAUGUUCAAUCCAAUGAUGAUAAGGUAUCAUUGCUUUUGAAGGAGAGUUUCAUCGACUCAUUCCCUAGUCGAGAUCGUCCAUUUAUGAAGCAUUUUGUGGACACACAACUCUUCUCAGUACAUACAGAUCUUGUUCUCUCUUUCUUCCAGAAGGAAUAGGGCUGCCAUGCUGGCUUGGAAAUGUAUCAUUCCUUUGUACCUUUAAUGGAAGUUCUAUAAUGUAUAAUUUUUUAUUUAUAUAAUAUAAAUUUUCUUGGUGUGGUACCA